AUGAGCGUUUACUCGGAGAUAUUUUCUAAUAUCAGGCAGGCUCGAGAGCAUAGUCUUUUGGGCAAUUAUGAAAGUGCACUGACGUUUUAUUCUUGCGGACUAGCUCUUAUUAAAAAACAUUUGUCAGGUAUAAAGGAGUAUGGAAGGAAGCAGCAAUGGAUACAGGUUCAGCAGGAGGUGAUGCAAGAGUCUGAGCUUGUUUCGGAUAUAAAUAAGACGCUGAAUAGUUUUACUCUUGAUGGGAAGCAGAAUGGAGGAAGCUUUUCACUCUUUGAUCCCCUUGAAGAACCAACUCGUGAUCCUGAUGUUUGGCCUCCACCACCUCCCCGUCCUCAAGCAUUUAAUCCCAUUACAGUGCCAUGUCGUCAAGUUAGUGGUCGUCGAUUAGCCAAAGAGGGACCUCGUAAUGCUGGUUCUCAAGGUAUAAAUCGAGUACCCUCCAAAGCUACUUCAGGUAAACGUUUGGGAAGGGCUCCCAGUGCAGCCAAGUCUGGUUCUUCAAACUCCUCUAAUGCGCCAACCCCUGUAGCAGGAAACAAUAGUGGUGCCAAUAGCACCGAAGCACCAGUCGAAAAUAGAUACGAGGGUGCAAGCGCUGACAAAGAUCUCAUAGAAAUUCUCGAAAGGGACAUUCUUCAACGAAACCCCGAGGUUCGAUGGGAUGACAUCGCUGAAUUAGAUGAUGCCAAACGUCUGCUCAAAGAAGCAGUAGUUUUACCCAUGGUUCUACCAAACUAUUUCAAGGGUAUUCGUCGACCGUGGAAAGGAGUUCUAAUGGUUGGUCCUCCAGGUACGGGCAAAACUCUACUUGCCAAAGCUGUUGCCACAGAAUGUGGAACAACGUUCUUCAAUGUCUCAAGCUCGAGUCUUACGAGCAAAUGGCGCGGAGAGUCGGAAAAGAUGGUUCGAAUUCUCUUUGAUAUGGCUAGAUUUUAUGCACCAAGUACAAUAUUUAUUGACGAGAUUGAUUCGCUGUGCUCUCGUCGGGGUGGUGAAUCUGAGCACGAAGCAUCGAGGAGGGUUAAAUCCGAAUUACUAGUACAGAUGGACGGAGUAAACGGAGCAACAGGACAGGAUGAUGAUCCAACAAAGACUGUUAUGGUUCUCGCAGCAACGAAUUUUCCCUGGGAUAUUGACGAGGCGUUAAGAAGACGCCUGGAGAAGCGAAUCUAUAUACCUUUACCUUCAUUGACCGGACGUUUGGCUUUGCUACAACUUAGUCUCCGUGAAGUUGCAUUGGAUGAGCAUGUGAACUUUGAGGAGAUUGCAGCAAAAUUGGACGGAUACUCGGGUGCAGAUAUUACUAACGUUUGCAGAGACGCCUCAAUGAUGUCAAUGCGUAGAGCAAUCGAAGGCCUAUCAGUAGAGGAAAUAAAAAAUCUUCGUACAGCUGAUCUCAAUCUUCCCACCAGAAUGCAGGACUUUGAGGAGGCGAUUUCUCGUGUCUCAAAGUCGGUCUCUGCUGCUGACAUUGAAAAGUACGAAAGGUGGAUGCAGGAAUUUGGAGCCGCUUGA